CUAAAAUGUCAAAAUUUAGACUCACAGUCGAUAAAGUGUAGGCUCUUAGUAUAUCAGUUUUUUUCAGUAGCUUCUGAAAGCAAUCACCGUCCCAACAACUAUUUUAUUUCCUAAAAGCCUCUUUAUUUCCAUAGUACCAGGACAAUGCAAAUCAGAGUUUAGAAGAACUCCCUAAUUGUGUGUGUUUCAAGCUCCGGUAGUAUCACCUUAUACCAAUGGCGACUUCCAUGCAACAAUUUACGCUUGAGGAUUGUAAAGCCUGCCUGAGUGACCUGCUGGAGGCCUUUAAACAACCUGACAAUGCGGAACGACUGGAGGAGGCUCGGGACAACGCAGGCAAUGAUAUGCUGAAGACGAUGCAGAUGUUCUUCCCGGUGGCCACACAGAUCGAGGUUGCUGUUAUUGAGAAAUAUGGUUUCCGUGGAGACGGAGAUGGUAUUGUACGUUUCACUCAGGCUGUCAAACACUACGAGCAGCAAGACCCCGAAGUGGCUCAGUUAAACCAACAACUACGAACCACUCUGAUGCCCCCAGUACAGGCCCCGACCCCCACUCAGACAAUGGCAGAGAACGGUGCCAGAUAACCCAGCAGUCGUACCUAGAGAUGUCGGCGGCAGAGAGCUGUUGGCACAUUGUCUCAGUACUCUGGUACUAUCCAAUAUGCAUGCUUUAAGGCAGACCAGGGUGUGAUAAACGGCAUCCAUGUUGUCAUGUCCACCAUGUUUUUUGGUAUAUUUUCUCUCUCUGUAGUGGACUAGGUUCCUAAAGGACACUGCAACUUGCUCUUAGUGUUUCCCCCAAGCAUUCGACAUGGUCCGCGUCACAUCAUUAGUCUGCUAAAACAGGAACAGUGUAGGUCCAGUGAUGUUAGUUUGGCGUACUAUUUAUUCAGUUGCUGGGCAUGUGAUAGGUGUAGAGGACUUUGGGUUUAAUGGGUUGGAUGAAGAUAAAAGAAACUGUUAUUUAGUCUUCACAUAAGAUGUUUAGAGUUGGCAUUAUUUUAAAGGGAUUUGCUGUGGAACCUUUGUAUGGCUGGGGGAAAUACUAGAUAUACCAGCCUAAGCAUUUAUACAACUAUCAAGUUGUUUUCAUAUCAGUAAACUGGUUUUAGUGUGUCUUUGACAAGAUUUUAGUUUCUUCCUUUUAGUGUGCCAUUAUUUUUUGUUACCAUGGUAACUUUCAUGUAACAAUGGUUAUAGCUGCAUAUGUCUUUAAGGGCAUCUUUCAAAGUUUGCUGUACCAGUAGAAACUAAGUUUGAAAGAUUUCCAUGACAUUUUCCCACAAGCAUCUAUAACGGUCUCAGCGUACCUGCUUUGAAUGUGAACUGUAUGAGAGCUUGAAAGGGUAGAUUAAAAACAGUGAAACACAAUGGCGAUGUGUUGUGAUCUUCAUGCUUAGAUCAUCAUGGUCGUAGAGCAACACAGUAAUUGAUGUACUGUAUUCGUAAUCAUUUAAUACCUCAUCAUGUUGUCUGUUUAAUGACAAGCUAGAUGUAAAGUAGACACGCUGUUAACUGGUCUUAGAUAUAUAUAGUAAUGCUUCCUGCUGCAGAGUAUGUCCUCUGUUGGACAAACCAGUUUGAAUAUUCUAAUACUGACUGACUUUGUGUAAGAACUGAAACUAGAGGUGAACUUCCGAUUGCUGAAUGGUUGCUAUGGUAACUGAAUAUUCUAAUACUUGGUUGAGUGACAUUGUACGAAGCUAAUCAGUUUUGGAUUUGAAUUACAUCUGAAAUAGUCCAAUGUGUAAGAACUGAAGCUGUAAGUGAAAUUCUGGUUGCUGAAUGGUUGCUAUGGUAACUGAAUAUUCUAACACUUGGUUGAGUGACAUUGUACGAAGCUAAUCAGUUUUGGAUUUGAAUUACAUCUGAAAUAGUCCAAUGUGUAAGAACUGAAGCUGUAAGUGAACUUCUGGCUGCUGAAUGGUUGCUAUGGUAACUGAAUAUUCUAAUGCUUGGUUGAGUGACAUUGUACGAAGCUAAUCAGUUUGGGAUUUGAAUUACAUCUGAAAUAGUCCAAUGUGUAAGAACUGAAGCUGUAAGUGAACUUCUGGUUGCUGAAUGGUUGCUAUGGUAACUGUAAUCAUGAUAUAUGUUACUAUGGCUACGCCCAGCUAAUGUCAUAGGUGCUCUUUUGAUGGGUCUGCAGUUCUCAUGUAUUUGACCAUAUUUACACUAUUGGUGCGUUUUGUAAACAUAUAUUGUUUUGUCACUAAGAUUCAAUGUUUUACAUGCAUCAAUUAUUUUCCUGCAAAUAUUUCUGUCAGUAGGGACUUUUCACCCUUUUGUACUUUUGAUAAAUUAUGGAUAUGCAAGAAGAUUCGUAGUUGGAUCAUUGGCGUAUGAGCCAGAUCAUUGGGAGACGAUUACCAGUAUGUUCAAAUUGUCAUUGUGAAAGGUGUGACAUAUUUUUCUUAUGUACAAAGUUUGAUACUGUCCUGCUUAUGCUAAUAUCAAUACUUUCAUUACUAAACACCUGGGCCCCGUUCCACAAAGUGAUCUUAGGGCUAUGACUACCGUAAGCCUAUGUUAAAGUAUAGGAGUUACGAUUAUCUUAGCGCUAAGAUUGCUUUGUGGAACAGGGUCCAGAUUUGUUAUCUUGAAUACAUUAAGGAGUGAAAUGUGAGCCAUGUGUGUGUUCACCACAUUGUGUUACAUCUUGAGUAUCAUCAGCUGUGGUUUACAGAUUUUAUCACAUAUCUAUUGCAAUAUCACUAUUAUUCAUUGGAUAUAAAACAUUUUUUUAAUUUUCAGGGCUUUUCAAGGGAAGAUUUAAUAUGAUUUUAUUCAAUUUUAUUGACUUUGUAACAUGACACAUCAUUAAAUAAUACAGGUUUGGAGUUUGUAUAAAUGAGUCCUUUAUCAUGUCGAAGUAUUGUAAAUGGCAUGUCAACUUGAUUACCCUUACAAAAAAUAACAUUUAAGGGCCAUUUGUAAUUUAUUCUUUCUCAAGUUACUUGUUUGAGUUCAGAAUCUGAAUCUGAAUAGGGAUCUGUUUGAGUUCUUUUCAGAAUCUAACUAUUUAAUCAACAAUGUUUGCCCCAUUGCUUGUGCUGCAGUGGGAUGGUUCAGUCUCCUGUAUUCCAUCUAAUAAAUGUAGCAGUAUUCAUCUUCCUCUUCUCUGUCCCUGGUCUUCAUAAGCUGUGCUUUUAUCUGGACAUACCUUGAACUUCUGGGUAAAACCAAACGAAACAACAGUUAAAAUUGAACAGAUCUGUCCAAACCAUUGAUCAUGUUCGAAAAGCAUGCUCAGCAAUUUCAGGAUACCAACUAUGCGAGUCUUAACGUGACUUAGAGGUCGGGUGGUCAGAUUCAGUGACUUCAUUGAUUGUCAUCGUAACCCAAUGGCAUGGAUCUUUGCUCAUGAUGCUAAACUGAUGCUCACAAUGUCAAUCACUGGAUUGUCUGAUUCAGGAUAUGUUAUUUACAGACCACCGUCAUAUAGCUGGAAUAUUGCUGAGUGCGACGUUAAAGAGCAAAUAAGUAAAUACAAGGUUAGAAAUUAACCUACAAAGUCUACUUGCCUGAAUAGGAAACCCCCUAAAAUGUUCAAAGCCCUCAGAUACCCUGAGCGUUGGUGAAACUGGCUUGGCUAGCAGGCUGGAGAUAACUUCUAUGCCUGUAUCACUCUGUAGGGCACUUGUGUAUCAUAAAGCCUUUGUUUGGUUUCUUUGUCUAUGAAUUCAUCUCCGACAAAUUUAAUAAAAUUAUGAUUUUAAGGACA